AUGGCUGACCCUCGCCUCCCCUCAGAACCACGCGUCUUCCCUGCUUCAGGGUGGGAUAAAGUCAACCCUUCCCUACCUGUUGAAAAGGAGACGAUUCUGACCUACAGACCAGAAGAGUUCUACCCGGUCUGCAUCGGUGAGGUAUUCAACGACCGAUAUCAAGUAGUCGGCAAGUUGGGAUAUGGAUCUAGCGGCGACUCCAGGGACCACCGUUACAUAGCUUUAAAGAUUUACGCAGUAAUCAUCCACUCCGAUUACGCGGGUCAGUCGUGUUUGCGACCUCUGAUAGAGAUCUUUCAGGCCCGGAGCCAGACACAGAGCGUGCUCAUACUUGUCUGGUGGAUGUCAUCUCUUGGUUCCAGCCUCGACCAGCUCAUUCGGCUGCUGUCAGAUAGGGUCAAGAGUAGCGCCAUGGUGAGGACCACCGCACAGAUCGUACAUACCGGAAUAACUGAGUGUUCAAAUGUCCAACCGCACAAUAUCCUCCUCGGCAUCAAGGACAACUCAAUCCGCCUGUACCACGGAAGACCCAGUUGUACUGAUCGUACCAUUGAAAUGUCACGGCCGCUCCUUCUCCUCUAUGAAUCACCCGCUCUCUGUGAUGUAGGCGAGGCUCGACUCGGCACCGACCAGCAAAACGGCGACAUAAUGCCAGAUAUAUAUUGGGUACUUGAGGUCAUCUUAGACAUGAGCUGGAACUACAAAGUUGACAUCUGGAAUGUUGAGAUGAUUUGGGAUCGGUUCGAGCAUCAACGCAUUUUUAGAGCCCGCGAUUCCGAAGGUAACCUGAACGAUGCAUGUCAUCUUGCCGAGACGCAAGCAGUCUUAGGAGGUGCCCCUCCUGAAUUUCUCGCUCGAAGCGAACGGAAUCUCCAUUUUUGGGAUGAAAUUGGCCUGUCGAGCCCUUUUACCUACAUUCGGACCCCCAGCCCAGGUCAUGUAGAGCCAGAUCGAGCUGAGACAUCAGAAUUCAUUCCCAAGCUUUCUGAUCGGAUCCGCCAGAUUGUCUGGACUGCAAUAGAGGGAAGAUCAAAAAUGCCUCUGCGAUGCCGAGCACAGACGUGGCUAAUCGAUCCUCAGCUACUAGAAAGAUGGAUCGCUGGCUAA